GCAAUUCCCCCCUCUUCUCUUCUCUCUUUCCUCAUUUCGUCUGUCGCUCUCGUCCGAAUCUGAUAUAGUCAUCUCACCUCGUACUCAAUCAAGAGUGUAGAGCAGCUCAAGUUGGACUGCACAGAUAACCUAGCCCGCAGCUCUCUCCGCCCAUAGCUUGUCGCCCGAGCUCCUCCCCGGCCCUGAGCGUCGCCAACUCUCGCCAUGGCGUACGUCGCUGUCGUCAAGUCGCUGUAUGACUAUGCGGCUCAAGAUCCAGACACGGAACUGUCACUCAAAGAAGAUCAAGUGUUGUAUAUCAUAGAGAAGGAGGACGAGGACUGGUGGAAAGCGAAACUUAAAGAUGAGCACGGAUCGGAGGGAUCUAUUGGUCUCAUACCGGCUUCAUAUGUCGAGGAGAUACCGCCCGUUCAUCAAACAAAAUCCAUCUACGCUUAUGAAGCAACCUCUCCAGAGGAGUUAUCCAUGGAAGAGGACCAAACGAUCCACGUUUAUUCCGUAGAAGAAGAUUGGAUCCUUGCUCAGGUCGGAGAUGAAGGCUCGAAACUUGGUUUCGUCCCCAGGACGUACUGUGAACCUAUCGACGAGAUGGAGGCUACGACUGUCGUUGCGGACCCGGAGGAGGCCGAGGCAGAGCUUCAAGCAGCAUGGCAAGAGGAGGAAGAGGCGCAACGGCAGCGAGAGGCCGCUGAAAAGCAACGACUCUUGAAGCUCAAGGACAAGGUUGAGACGUGGAGUAUAUCCGAGAUGGAAGGCAAAAAGAAGAAAAAAGGAACCCUUGGAGUGGGUAACGGUGCAGUGUUCUUUGCGUCCGAUACCGACAAGAUGAGCGGGGUGAAGCAAUACUCCAUCACCGAACUCAGUGGUGUUUCUCAGCCAUCGUCAAAGAAUCUAUCCCUCAGCUUCUCCACCCUUUCAGAACCCUUACUCUUCCAUUGUGGAACAGCAGAUGUUGCCAGCGCCAUCAUUUCCAAACUCGAAUCUAGCAAAGCUGCGGCAGGUGAAGCUUUGGAGAUCCUGGCGGCGGACGAGAGAUUGGCCUCGGAUGGUGAGGCCAAUGGUUAUGAUGCUGCUCCCGCCUCGGAACCGAAAAGUGUCAGAUGGGCUGCGCCUGCACAAUCCGCAUCAACAGAGAGUGCUAUUGUACUGUACGACUUUGAUGCUCAAGGCGAUGACGAACUGUCCGUUAAGGAGAAUGAAACGGUCACUGUGCUCGACAAGGAGAAUGAUGAAUGGUGGACUGUCCGUAACAGAUCAGGUGCUGAAGGAGUCGUUCCUGCCCAAUACGUGCAGAUCAACGAUGGUACCCAACCAGCACAGGAGGAGGACGAUGAAGAGGAUGAAGCGAGACGUGCCGAGGAGGAGGCGGCCGCGGCGGCUGCGCUUGAGGCAGAGCGGCAGAGGGAAGCCAAAUCGAAAGCUGAACAACGAAGAGCCAUCGAAAAGGCUGCGAGGGAGCGACAAAAGCAGGAAGAGGAAGACCGACAAUACGCGCUCGAGCUCGAAGCUAAGGAGGCGGCCAAGGCGGAGAAGCGGGCUCGAAAGGCAGAAACAGAGCAGAGAGCUCAACGAGAGCGCGAUGCAGCGAGACGACGUGAGGCAGCAAGAGAGCUUGAACCGCCCAAGAUCACCAAGCGAACCUCAGCCAUGGAUGUCAAUCAGGCCGCGAAAAGUCUUCCCACUCGUGGCAAAGCUGCUCCUGCGAGACCACCUGAGAAUAACAGACCAAAACCCACUCCUGGCCGCACCCGUGUGUGGAGCGACAAGACUGGUCAGUUCAAGGUGGAAGCUGAAUACCUGGGACUGUACAAUGGCAAGAUCCGUCUUCACAAAAUAAACGGUGUCAUCAUCGACGUACCCCUUGAUAAAAUGGCUCAAGAGGAUAUCCAGAUGAUUAAACGACACGAGGCGAGAAAGGCUCGGGCGCAAGAAGACCCAGAGGACAAUGUGCCUCUUGGUCGUCGAGGUCAGCCAUCGCGAUCAACCGAGACCAGAGUCCGCAGCCAGCCUGAAUUCGAACCCAUCCCUGCCGAGGCCAUGAAGGAGCAGAAGCCGCGAAAACCUCGGUUCGACUGGUUUGCGUUCUUCCUUGACGCCGGGUGUGGUAUGGACGAUUGUACACGAUAUGCCGCCGCUUUCGAUCGAGACAACAUCGAUGAGAGUAUCAUGGAAGAUUUGGAUGCGUCUACGCUGCGAUCUUUGGGUCUCAAGGAGGGUGAUGUCCUUCGUGUUCGAAAAGCCCUCCAAAUUAGAUUUGCGAAAAAGACCCCUGAGGAAUCAGCUCAGAUCAGGGCGGAUGAAGAUUACGCUCGGCAAUUGCAGGAACACGAAAACUCUGGAGGGAAGGGACCAGCUCCUCAGCCUCCUCCUGGAUUAUUCACUGGCCCAGACGGUAAACUGUCCAACAAUACACGACGAGGUCGACCUGAAAAGAAGGGCUCUGCGGCGGAUUCGGUGGACGCAUCUGCUAUCGCCGCUGCCUCGGAUCGUCUUUCAAAAGCGAACAUCAGCACGCCAUCACCUCCGCCCGUCAGCUCUUCUCCAUCACCUGAAAAGCCCGCUGCGCCUGCUGCGACGAAACCAUCGACUGGUUUCGAUGACGAUGCGUGGACCAUCAAACCGAGUGCGGCUAAGCCUGCUUCUCCACCGCCAGCCUCUCCAGCUCCGCAGAGACAGUCGCCGCCUCCGGCCAACACCACGGAAUCACUCUUGGCUCAGAUUGAGGCGCUCCGACCGUCCAGCACAGGUAGCACGAGUCAACUGUCACAAGCCAAAACAGGUUCAAGUGCAUUUGACAGCGUCGCAUCUGUGCCCCAAUCUGCUCCUCCGCAACCAUCCUACAACCUCGGCGUACAAGGAUCGAAUCACAGUAUGGCGCAACUCCAAAACAUGCCCCGAGGACCUGUCGCGCCUAUCCCCGCUAAUCAGGGUCUUUUGGCACCGCUCCAGCCUGCCAUGACUGGAUUCGUCCCGACCCGAGGUAUGGCUCCUCAACAGACUGGAUUCCAGCAAGGACCAAUGAUGAUGCAGCCGACUGGAUACGCUCAAGGCUUCCAACAAGGGUACGGCGGACAGCAAGCAAGCUUGCAGCCUAACUACACUGGAUAUCCUGGUAAUUAUGGUCAGCAAUCUCAGCACUCGUCCUUCAAUACUAUCGCCAGCAUGCGACCGCCCGAGCCUCCUUCUAACCCCGACAAGUACGCCCCUUCUAACAUUUUCGCCGCAAUGAAAAAGGCGGACUUUGGUAAACCCGAAGACCAAAGACCGCAAGAAAGCGGCAAAUAUGAUGCCUUGAGGCCGCUCACGACUGGCUACAACGGCGCACCCGGCAUGAUGCCUCAACAGACUGGCAUGAUGAUGCCUCAGCAAACAGGUAUGAUGCCUCAACAAACUGGAUACGGUAUGAUGCCUCAGAUGACGGGUUAUAAUCCUCAAAUGGGAUACAUGGGUCAGAAUAACAAUCCGUAUGGUCAACAGGGAUAUAGAUAAGCUGUGCAGGGGGGAGCAACGAACAUGCCCCUGUCAUGCUAGGUGUAAUGAUCUUGUUUUCUAUUAUAUCUCAAUGUAUGGUAGUCUGGAAUGCAUCCACGGAUAAUUCUCGG